UUGCACUACUUAAACGAGAAUGAUAAUUAUAUGAAGACAAUUUUGAAUCCUGUAAAAUAUCUAAAACAUUUAAACUACUUUUCUUUUAGUUAUGAAGAUCCAAAGUUGACUUGUUCUUUUUUUGUCCCAGACAAAGAAGAAAUGCAUAGGAAUUGCAAUUUAUCUAAAUGUGGACUUUGCACAUUUCUCCUUGCCUAAGCCAGCCAGAUGAACACACACACAACAACCCACAAAGCCAAGAUAAGGCAUCUGUGCUCCUGCCUUGUCCUGUGCUUGCACUUGGCCUCUGGUUCUGUAACUGGUUUAUGUGAACAUUCUGUGACUGAGGAACAUCUCCUGAUUUUAAGAAAACUGAUUAUGAACCAAGUUCAAAAUGGAUGUUCUAUAACCUAUUGGUUCACCGAGCGCCAAAACCUGAGUGAAAUCUGUUACAUUAAAGCAGCAUUUCCAUACAUCCUUGUUCUUUUGAACACUCACUUUACAUAUGAAGAGGGUUCUGAUAACUAUAACUACACAAACACACUGAAGGACAUGAUCUACAACAUUUAUUCCCAUGAAUGCAUCCCUCAUAUCAACGAAGAGAUUGAGGAAAACCCACAAAAGUUUGCACGAAUGUACACAUCUUUGUCCAGAGAGGGUCUACAAAAAACAGCAGAGGUAUUUCAGAUGUACAAAAGGCUGAUGAGUAAAAGUGAUAACCCUGUGGAUUGGAACUGUCAGGAUGAAUAUGCAAAGAACUUUCCAGAAUCCACCACUGCAACUUACACCCAAACCACAGGAGCCCCAGAUUGCCAGUGCUCUUGUCAACACCCUUUGAAGGCCAGCUCAACUCCAACUGCAUCAUCCACCUCUCCUUCCCAUACCCAAUCAGGAGCUUACAUCAACAAGAAUGAAAGCUUUAGAGCAUCUGAGCCUACAGUCUCAGAUGAAGCACAGAACUCAACCCCAAAUCAGAUUUUUGCAACUCCGCCAGCUUUGGAGCCUUUUACUGGGCUGCACACCAAAUCAGAACACUUUACAGAACAACAUUCUCUACCAGUUCAUGAGGAAUCUGCAAAUUUCAUAAUUUCCCCCACUCCAAAUUUGAUAUAUAACAGCAGUAAUUCCUCCAUUGCAGAGGAAAGUGAGCAACAAUCAAUUACAACUUCAAGCGAAUUACCUAGCAUUCCAACAAGAACUGUUCUCCAAUCAGAAACAUCACAGCCCUCUGAAAAAAAUAACACAACACUAAUUUCAGAUAGGAACCCAGUGCUUGUGCUCGCCAAAAGAUCUUUAGGUAGCAGAGAGCAAGAAACACCAUCUGUUACCUAUUCCAAACUGCUUUGGAGCUGGAUUGCUGAAACCAAAGGAAUUAGGAAGAAUACAAAAGUCAAACUCUUAGAGAUAUCUUCUGAAGAAACAGAACAUGUUGAACACAACAGUCCUACACAACCUCAGAUGCAUCAUCACAUCGACAAGCCUUUACCAGGUUUUAAAAACAUCAGCAAGGAACCAGACUGCAAAGAUUUAAGAUGUCAAAAAGCCACUGAGGACAGAUCAGAUCAGAGAUCCAGAAAUCUUAUAAAGAGACACUUGGGGGAAAAAGAGUACCAAUUUGUAAACAUCCCUACGUACACAAUGUUCAUGACUUCAUCUGCAUGCUUACUACUUCUGUUCACCACUGCCCUCUUCUACUGCAGGAAACAGAUCAAGGAUCUACAAGAAGAAGACAGGACUAUACAUUUGUGAAGGAAACAAUGGGAAAUUUGGAUGAUGCAGCUUUGUGUUGUGAUGUCCUGCUGUGACUACAUGUGACCUGUGGAAUAUUUCACAUAUUUCCUAGGGGUGAACAUGUUCAUUUAACAAUUUUAAGUGAAUGUUGUGGAACAAUAAAAUGUAUAUUAUUCAUACAUGAUUAUGGAUGAUAAUGUUAAGUGGUUUAAAAACACACGCACACACAGCAAACCAAAAAUAAUAUUUCUGAAAUAUAGAUUUCAAAGUAAAGUUAAAGACAGGCAAAAUGUGUGGUAGAUUAUAUUUUAUUAUAUUAUAUUGUCAUUUUAAAUUUAUUUAUAUGAAACAUAUAACUUGCUGAGUCAGGCACUUUACCUGUGUUCUAAUACAAAUUUACCUUUAAAUACAUUGCAGAAUGUUUAAAAUAUGAUUAAAGUGUUGAUUAUUUUUCUAUCAAGAGUGUGCAUUUCUGCAUUUCUGCUCAAAUCGGAGCUGAAUCCACCUAGAGAAUAAAUAAACCUGGUGAUCUGACCAAACCAUAAAGAUAUAAUAAAAUGAUCAUCUGUUUUUAA